AUGAGUAACGGUGUUCAAUCAUGCAAUGGAGGGUUGCAGCUUAGCAAUGAUGUGAAGGAGAAUGAUAAUGGGGAUGUUGACCUUUUUGAGCAAUUUGAUUCUUAUUUGCAAGAUAUCAAUUACCGGUUGACCGUGUCUAGGGUGGUGAGUUACACAGUCAUCAAGGGUAUGGUACAAGAGGCAGCAGAGAAAAUUGCUGAAAAAGAACUAGAGGUGACUAAAUUGAAAGAAAUGUUAAAUGUUUACCAUGUGGGUGUUGAAAAUGAAUUCUUGGCGUCUUUAGCAAUGCGCCAGGAGUCAAACAGACUUAUUAAACAAGGUACCAAAGACAAGAUGCAUCCUAGCUCUCUUGAAGCUAUUUUAGAGUACGAUAGAAUAGAACAAUCUUUGAGCAGCUUAAGAGGAGCAACUAAAGAGGAGUUUAAGAAGCUCGAGGCAGAAAUUGAUAGCAUAAGAGGCAGCUCAGUUAAGAUAAUUUCUGAGUUGUUGGGUUUGAGUGACAUACAGCAAGAUAAAGUUUCUGACAGAUGGGGGAUUGGUGUAGAUAGGACGCUUAAUUGUCUAAAGAGUGCAAUAGAAACUGGCUUUCAACGGGUGGAACAAAUGGUUCGCUUGUCAAAGGCUGAUGUACAUGAGUGGCAACAGGAACAGGAGUUUAAAGCAGAAAUUGAAGCAUUUGUGAUGAGGAAUUGCAUUUGGAGAUUCGAAGAAAAAAUUUGGGACCAGUUUUAUAGUGAUAAAAAUGUGAAUGGGCAUGGAAGGAUGAAAGAGAGGAUAUCAGGUUUACGUCAGGAAUUGGACGCCAUUUCUAAAUCACUAUCUGUUUCUGACUUCGGGCAGCUAUCUUCUCAUGGAUCCUUGGAAGGUGAUGAAGAAAGUAAUAAUUUUAAGAAGGGAGACCAUCCCCACCGGAAGGUUUUGAACGAUCUUAAAUCAUCAUCUCCAUCUCCAGCAACAUCACCACCAACAUCAACAUCAUCAGCAUCAUCAUCAGCAUCUAGUUGGGAAAAAAAUGGCACGCAAGAUAAGUCAGAAAUAAAUAUGUCAAUAGAAGAAUUGAUAAAUUAUUAUAAUACUGAGAUGACUGAGUUGAAGAGAAAUCAUGAGUCUAAAGUGCAGGAUAUGACAGAACAACUAUUCAGCCUCAUGAGGGAAUUGUUGAAAGAACGGGGAUCUUCUUCGCCAUCAAAGAAGAAUAAGGAGUUUGACAUGCUGAGGAGGAGAAUAUCUGAGGUUAUUUCUAAAUUAGAUGACAUUCUUGUCGAAAAUGAGCAAAAAGCCACAUUUGGUAUCGAUGAAGAAAGUCUUAGCCGUUUGAAAGACAGACUGGAAUCACUCCUUUCAGAAAACGCCCAGCUCAGAGAUUUGCUCACAGAUAAGAAGAGGGAAAUUAAGUGCCUUUCACUGCAAGUUUCUGAAGCUGCAGAGAAAAUGUCAGAGCACAAUGGUGAAUCUUCUGAAGCAAAGGAGCGAUUGGAACAAGAUGCAGCAGCUGCCUUGGAAAAGGAAAAGGAGCGAUAUGAAUUAGCUGCUCAAGAGCUUGAAAAUUUAAGGGGCCAGCUCAGAGAUUUGCUCACAGAUAAGAAGAGGGAAAUUAAGUGCCUUUCACUACAAGUUUCUGAAGCUGCAGAGAAAAUGUCAGAGCACAAUGGUGAAUCUUCUGAAGCAAAGGAGCGAUUGGAACAAGAUGCAGCAGCUGCCUUGGAAAAGGAAAAGGAGCGAUAUGAAUUAGCUGCUCAAGAGCUUGAAAAUUUAAGGGGCCAGCUCAGAGAUUUGCUCACAGAUAAGAAGAGGGAAAUUAAGUGCCUUUCACUACAAGUUUCUGAAGCUGCAGAGAAAAUGUCAGAGCACAAUGGUGAAUCUUCUGAAGCAAAGGAGCGACUGGAACAAGAUGCAGCAGCUGCCUUGGAAAAGGAAAAGGAGCGAUAUGAAUUAGCUGCUCAAGAGCUUGAAAAUUUAAGCGGUGAAAUUGAAGAUUUGAAUAUGGAGUCCAUCAUCAUGCAAGAACUAGUUGUAGUUAUAUUCAGAGAAGCCUUGAAGGAUGCUGAGCAGAAACUCAAUAACCUGGACAUGACAUAUACCAGUGAAAAAGGACUUCGGGUUUCGCUUGAGAUGGAAAAUCUAGAAAAAGGAAAACAACUAGAAGUUGAGGUUGCAAGCAAAGAAAAGUUGAACCAAAAAAUAAUCUUUCUGGAAGAAGCAAAGGAGCGAUUGGAAGAAGAUGCAGCAGCUGCCUUGGAAAAGGAAAAGAAGCGAUAUGAAUUAGCUGCUCAAGAGCUUGAAAAUUUAAGGGGUGAAAUUGAAGAUUUGGAUAUGGAGUCCAUCAUCAUGCAAGAACUAGUUGUAGUUAUAUUCAGAGAAGCCUUGAAGGAUGCUGAGCAGAAACUCAAUAACCUGAACAUGAUAUGUACCAAUGAAAAAGGACUUCGGGUUUCGCUUGAGAUGGAAAAUCUAGAAAAAGGAAAACAACUAGAAGUUGAGGUUGCAAGCAAAGAAAAGUUGAACCAAAAAAUAAUCUUUCUGGAAGAAGCAAAGGAGCGAUUGGAAGAAGAUGCUGCAGCUGCCUUGGAAAAGGAAAAGAAGCGAUAUGAAUUAGCUGCUCAAGAGCUUGAAAAUUUAAGGGGUGAAUCAAAUGCUCAUAAGGCAUAUAUUUGCGAGUUAGGUCAGAGGCUUCUUGAUGUCAACCAAGAGAAGCAGAAUGCUGUGUCUUUGUUUGAAGCAAAAGAAAGGAAGUUCAAGCAGCAAUUGAAACCAAUGGUUGUCUAUAGCUGUGGAUUAUUGAGAGCGAUUACUGAUUUUGAACCUACAGUAACACGAGAUAUUUCAGGAAAAUCUUCAAGGUUGAAGAGUUUGAGAUCUCAAUUGCAUUCACUUAAACAAAAAGCUAAAGUACUUGUAAAAAGAAAGAUUCUAUACAAGCGGGGAUUUGAAAGGAAAUGUUCUGACCUUGAAAAAGCUGAAGCCGAGGUUGAUCUUUUGGGGAAGGAGGUGGACACUCUAUCGAGCCUUGUUGAAAAAAUAUACAUGGCCCUUGAUCAUUAUUCACCAAUAUUGCAACAUUAUGCUGGAAUAUCUGAGAUCUUGAAGCUCAUAAGAAGAAAAUUACGUGGAGAAACUAAAGCAGUUUGA